CGCCGCUAAGUUCGCAGACGCUUUAGAACCAGACGGCUCGACGGCUCGCGUGGAUCUCAGCGCCGGGGCGCAAGCAUGCCACUCUGUGGGAGUUGGGUAAACUUCCUCGUAUUUCUUGUCCUUUCGUGUGUGUCCUUGUUCUGUGUGGAUUCCAUCGAAGCCGGAGAUGUUGGAUGGACUUCCCCCGCUUGGGAUCAGCAAUGGCAAGUGCCUCACGUGAUGCCACCUUCGCACUGGCAAGGUGAAGAAGUUUAUUCAGUCGAAGGGCCCAUCCAUGAGCCCAGCCAUCCAUCUCAUUUUCAUCAUCAUCAUGAGCCACCGCGAUAUAAAGUGCGAACCGUCACUAAAAUCGUUCGGAAGGUCCCGAAGACGGUGACUCACAGUUACACGACGUAUGGAGACGACGAUGAGCCUUGGAUCAGCUUGCACGUCGAUCGGAAACACCGGCCGAAGCCGACGAUUCUCUUGAACGGAUGGGCGAAGGAUGGGAAAUUCGGUCUCACGCUGAAUAUACACUAGAACGAGCGAUAUCGCGACCCAAGUUCGUGGGGAGCCAUCGCAAAGGUCACAGUGAAAAUCUAUGAUGUGAUGAUGAAAGUCCACGUUUCACGCAUCGCAGAGCUAUACGCCGAUCGCGUUGACUCUGACAAGCCAAAUCGGAGUUCUUAG